CCGCCGCCUCCAAGUGAGGGAAUAAAGUUCAGGGCCGGCGCGGGCGGGGCCGGUGGCGGCAGUGGGGAGCGCGGCGGCGGCCGGCCAUGGCCUCGGAGGAGCUGGCGCGGAAGCUGCAGCGGCGGCUGCUGCUGGAGGAGAGCGGGCCGGGGGCGGCGGGGGAGCCCGGCGGGGCGGCGGGGGAGGGCGGCCCCGAGGAGGAGCAGCAGGAGCAGGAGGAGGAGGAGGGCGGCGGCGAGGCGGAGCGGAGCUGCCUGACGGCCAACGCGGACUCGGAGCUGAGCGCCAAGCUGAGCCGGCGGCAGGACAUCAACGAGGGCACGGCGCGGCCGCGGCAGGCCAAGGUCUUCAACCCCUACACGGAGUUCAAGGAGUUCAGCCGCCGGCAGGUCAAGGACAUGGAGCGCAUGUUCCGCCUGUACGACUCGGGACGGGAUGGCUACAUAGACCUGAUGGAGCUGAAACUGAUGAUGGAGAAGCUGGGCGCCCCGCAGACCCACCUGGGCCUGAAGAACAUGAUCAAGGAGGUGGACGAAGACUUCGACGGGAAGCUCAGCUUCCGCGAGUUCCUGCUGAUUUUCCAUAAAGCUGCAGCUGGGGAACUCGAGGAGGAUAGCGGCCUGAUGACACUUGCAAAGCUGUCGGAGAUAGAUGUCUCCAUUGAGGGAGUCAAGGGAGCCAAGAACUUCUUCGAAGCUAAGGUUCAAGCCCUUUCUUCAGCCAGUAAGUUUGAAGCAGAGAUAAAAGCUGAGCAGGAUGAGCGAAAGCGGGAAGAGGAGGAAAGGAGAAACCGCCGAGCAGCUUUCAGGGAGUUAAAGUCUGCCUUUAGCCAGUAGCAGACCGGCCAAUACGCGCUCUGAGAUUGCACAUGACUUGGUACGUUUCCCAGAUCAGGGUUCUACCUGGAGAGUACUGCCUGGAUCCUGCCUAAAACCCGUUACAGCUUUGCUAGCCUUCCUCUCCUGAAGAUCCUUCUGAAUCGCUAAGGACACAACUCUUGCAGUUACUAUGCACUCAUAACGAUGUGAAUCAUAAGAGCUGUGUACAUGCUGUUUGCUCUGAACCAUCAGGAGCGCAUCACCCUGAAGCAGAAACAGCAAGUAGCGAAUCACGGGUGAGCACUGACAAGUGUUGUUUGCCUACUUCAUUCUUUCCUCCUUUUCUAUACAUCACUCUCCUCUUAACUCCUUAUUAAUUCAUUCCUUGCUUACAGGCAAGUAGUGAGGUCUUGUGUAAAUCAGGGUGUACAAAGUACAGAUCCAUUUCCUGUAUGUUUGUACUGCUGUUGGGUGUUGUCACACAUCCUUGACUUUUCUCUUGUCUUCCUCAAAGGCCUGUGCCACAGGCACUGUGAAAACACUGUGAAGAGACAGUAAGAUAGUUACUAGGGACAUGGAUCAAAUUAAUUAUGAUUUCCUGUAGAUUUUUCUGCUGCCCAACAACAUGUUGGUGUCUUCCACUUUUUCUUCUCUGAAGUGCCAUAAUGACAAACCUUUCAAUAGGAGGUGAGAUUUUUUCCAAGACUUUGAAAGCAGGAAGCUGUCUCUCUUAAACAAGGAAUAGAAAACUGAGUUGCCUGACCAUAUAUCUUCUUUCACAUUCCAUCAUAUUUAGUGUACUGUACAACUUCACUGUAUUUUCCAGCCUUAGACUUCGAGGAAGCAGGUUUUUAAGGGAUACUGCUAGAUGGACAAUGAGACUGGAUGGCACACUGGGUUUUUAUCUUUGGAAAUCUGCUCAUAUCCUGAAUCAUAAAGGUGACUUUGAUUUCAUUAAAACCAUGACAGAUAAAACCAGCCCAGCAUCCUGAGCAAUCCCUGCUCAAGAAGGGAAGAGCAGACAGGUUAGAGCAUCUAGCUGGAUUGAAUUUAGAAGGCUUGCACUAAACUUAGCCAUUUUCUUUCACAAACGCAGGAGACUUGCCCACAGAUAUUAAAAUGCCAUAGACGUUGUAGGUCACGACAAAGGGAAACAGUGUCCCCUUGGCGAGUCCUUUCUCUAAACAUGGAUUGGCUCAAGUUCUGCCUCUGCUAUUGCCCUGGUUUGUGCAUUUCUUUUCCUUCCAAAACAAAACUCACCAGUUGUCUUUUCACUUGUCUGUUUUGCUUCUUAAACUGUGAGCACUAAACUGUGAGCAUGGAAUAAUAAAUAGAAAAACCUCUACUCUUUAAUGUCAGGUGAAAGAAUUGCUAAACAAUUAAACUGUGUAUAUACCUUCACAGAUUAUAUUUUAUAAAAUCACGCUUUUUUAGCUAAAUAUUUAUAAUUAAAUGUUUUUAUACUUUACAACAAAGCAGAUAACUGCAUCUUCAAUUAUUUCUCCUGUUGCUGAAAUGUACAAAUAAAGCAUUAUCUCCAGA